AUGAUUAGAAUCUUUUUCUUAAAUUUAGGUCUGAAAGUUGAAAUCACCCACUGUGGCGCCAUGCGCCGUAAAUAUCGAGUCUGCAGCGUCACACGGCGCUCAGCUCAAACUCAGUCCUUCCCGCUUCAGCUAGAUACCGGACAGACGGUCGAGUGUACCGUAGCCAAGUACUUCGCCGAGCGUUACCAUCUCCGUCUCGAGUAUCCACAUUUGCCCUGUCUACAAGUUGGACAGGAGCAUAAACACACAUACUUGCCUCUAGAGGUCUGCAACAUGAUGCCUGGGCAACGGUGCAUCAAGAAACUGACUGAUAUGCAGACUUCUACGAUGAUCAAGGCGACAGCGCGCUCGGCACCCGAUAGGGAGAAGGAAAUCAACAGUCUUGUGAGUCGAUAUAAUUAA